AUGCCGAACCUUGGGAGCAUCAUGAGAAUCGGCGCCGGUAGUCUGAAUUCGGCGAGCGACUUCGAGGGUAACAUGAACACGUGGGAUGUUGCUCUCGUCACUGGUGGCUCGUCUUCUUCAACUUCGUCCUUAAAGUUAACAUUGUCAUCAACUUUGGCAGAUGGUGACCAGCAGCCGAUGAAAACCGCUGGCCACCAAUCGAGAGUACGAUUCGAUAGCAGAGGAGAGAGAAGGGAAGAAGGUACAAAGAACAGAAUAUUAGGAAACAGUACUGAUAAUACAAAAAAUAGAGAAACAAACAUAAGUUCGGGCUGUGAGAGUGAGAGUGGUUGUGUAGCCAAAAGCAGUGGUAGUGGUCAGACUGGUGAUACCAGUGGUACUAUAAGAAGUGUUGAUUUCGGUACGAGUGAUUCGGGUAGCGAGGACAACAUGACUGCUGGAAUUGAGGACAAUCUCCUCUUCGGAUUCGAGGACCCCAUGCAGGACUUUGAUUUCGCGUUCAACGCAUCAUUUAAUGAUAGCCUUUACUCUUGGAACACAAGUCUCCAUAACGAGUCGUACAUCGUCCUAGGCAUGUACCCUUCGGGGUACAACUUGCCUACUAUAGUGUUCGCAUCGAUCGUUGUCACAUUGUUGAUGAUUGUCAUUGUAGUAGGAAACAUACUCGUUAUUAUAGCAAUAGCUACUGAGAAAGCACUAAAAAACAUUCAAAACUGGUUUAUAGCCAGUCUUGCUGUAGCGGACUUUUUUCUGGGUCUGAUCAUUAUGCCAUUUUCUCUCGCCAACGAAAUAAUGGGGUAUUGGAUAUUCGGGUAUUUGUGGUGUGACAUUUACUCGGCGAUGGAUGUUUUGCUCUGCACUGCAAGCAUCAUGAACUUGUGCCUAAUAAGUUUGGACAGGUUUUGGAGCAUUACACAAGCUGUCGAAUAUCUUAAGAAAAGGACACCGGCCAGGGCGAUUGUCAUGAUUACCAUGGUUUGGCUACUUUCGGCGCUCGUUUGUAUUCCACCACUUCUGGGAUGGAAGAGGCCCAGUCCUGAAGAAGAAUACCCCAAAUGCAAGUCAUCCGCAACGCUGCUAUCGGUGUCAUCCAGUUCUAUUGUCGCUUGCUUUUGUUUUAAUAGACUAAAUGCAACAUUUAUUUACGGCAUGAUGAUACUAUGA